AUGGAUCUAGUGGACCCAGCUACUGAAGAAGAACGUGCGUGCUUUGGUGUUAUUCGUCCGGUCCGUUCGUCCUUGUCGCGUACUCGUCGUUCGAAAAACAUUUCGGACACCGUCGACAGAGUCAUUGCUGGUUGCGAAGAAUUUGUCACUCAAGACGAGAUUAUGAGGGGUCUGGAUACAGCAUUUGAAAAGCUUUCUGUUGUUCCCGCGUUACGAAUCCCAACCACCCUCGAGAACGCAAUGCGAAAGUUGGAAUGGGACGACAUGGGGGUGAAGGUUGAUGGUCGGCAGCUACACCAUUUGCGCUUUGCUGAUGACAUCGUACUGAUAACACCUAGCAUCAGCCAAGCGUAA